GUGAAUUGUCUCAAAUAAGAGAGGACGAAAGGAAACGCACCUCGCACUUUCUGUCACACACGCGGCAGGCUCUACAGACGAGUCUGGCCAGAGGCGCUUUAGGUCCUUACCGAGACGAGGGCGCAGACGGAACGAACAUUUUGUCUGUCACGGUACAGCAAGCCACCGAGAGAAGGACUACAGAUAAACGCGACUGCAUCUGGAAAAAAUAUGCCUUAACAAUUACUAGCGGUUUGGGAAGUCCGCCUGGGUGUCUACUGGCUCCGUUACUGUCGUUCUUUUAAAAUCUUAAUUUAUCUGGGUUUUUUUGCUCUCGGAGCCAGCGAGUGGCACGUUACGGGAUGUGUUACGGGAUUUGAAGAUGGAGUUUUCCUCUCCGGUAGUGGAUACGGAGCAGUUCCUCGUCUCAUCCACCGGUUCAUCUAAGAGUCCCGCCGUUAGAUACUACUCCAACCCGCCACCGGCGCCACCAGCCCCAUUAAUUACCCCACAGGUGCGCUCUUCCUCCUUCAGACCCCUCCGCGCGGCUAGGUCGGGUCAAGACCUCGCGAAAACUCCACAUCGUAGUUCGACGAAAGCCAUCAAUUGCCAGCCCCAUGGUGUCCCCGCUCUACUCGGAUGGCCCUGUCACCGUGGAGAGGAGAGUGCCUUCCGCCUCGCCGAACCACCGGCCGCUCCGCUGCCACCCCCCGCCCACCAGCGGGUCCAGCGUCUGUGCCCACCCGACGUACUACCACACCGUCUACGACGUCCGGGUCGACCGGUGCCGUGACGCGCCCCUCCUCGGCGGGCGGGGCAAGGCCGGGAGGUGUUCCGGGGGGUCGUUGGCACUGGUGGCGGCGAAGGAUAGCGACCCGCUGGUUCCCCCUGUGAGGCGGCGCGGCGGACUGGUGGACCACAGGGACGUGAUAAAGGCCCACCAGUCACACAAGCUGCAGAGCACACCGAAGGCCCGGCGCAAGGAGUGGGAAAUGGCACGCUUCGGUGACGAGGUGCCGAACCGAUACGGCGGAGGAGGCAGUGGCGGAGGCGGGGGUGGAGGUGGAAGUGGCAGCGGUGGCAACGCCGGUCCUCUGGGGGCUCCUGGCCGCGGCGGCAGCCGGCAAGGCGGACCUCCAGGGGGCCAGCGGGUGUACAAGCAGUCGAUGGCCCAGCGGGCCCGGACUAUGGCACUCUACAACCCCAUACCGGUCCGACAGAGCUGCUUUACAGUCAACCGCUCACUCUUCAUCUUCAGUGAGGACAACUUUGUGAGAAAAGCUGCAAAAAAAAUUACGGAAUGGCCUCCGUUUGAAUGGAUGAUCUUGGCGACCAUCAUAGCUAACUGUAUCGUCCUGGCUCUGGAGCAGCAUUUGCCUGUUGAUGAUAAAACUCCUCUUUCUGAGCGCCUGGAUGAUACAGAGCCCUACUUCAUAGCCAUCUUCUGUUUUGAGUCAGGUAUAAAGAUUCUGGCUCUGGGCUUUGCCCUGCACAAGGGCUCCUACCUGAGGAACGGAUGGAAUGUUAUGGACUUUGUAGUAGUGCUCACUGGUAUCUUGUCGUCGGUUGGCUCCGAAUUUGACCUGCGGACACUGAGAGCAGUCAGGGUUCUGCGACCACUGAAGUUGGUGUCAGGGAUUCCCAGCCUGCAGGUGGUACUCAAGUCCAUCAUGAAGGCUAUGAUCCCCCUGCUGCAGAUCGGUCUGCUUCUCUUUGUGGCCAUAUUGAUGUUCGCCAUCAUCGGCCUCGAGUUCUACAUGGGAAAGUUCCACACCACCUGUUUCGACAUUGCCACUGAUGAGUUUUAUGAUGAGUUGCCAUGCGGUACCGAGUUACCGUCCAGAUUGUGUCCUAAUGGGUCCGUUUGUAGAGGCUAUUGGCCAGGGCCCAACUAUGGGAUCACCCAAUUCGACAACAUUCUCUUUGCUGUCCUCACUGUGUUUCAAUGUAUUACAAUGGAGGGGUGGACCGAGAUGUUAUACUAUAGUAACGAUGUUGAGGGAAGUGCCUGGAACUGGAUGUACUACAUCCCCCUCAUCAUCAUCGGGUCCUUCUUCAUGUUGAAUCUGGUGCUGGGCGUCCUCUCAGGAGAGUUCGCCAAAGAGAGAGAGCGAGUAGAGAACCGCGCAGAGUUCCUCAAAUUGAGACGCCAGCAACAGAUCGAGAGAGAGCUAAACGGAUAUCUAGAAUGGAUCUGUAAAGCAGAGGAGGUCCUACUGAAUGAAGACGGUACCUUGUUCACCGGUACUGUGAAGAACAAGAACAAGAAAGAGCUGCUGAAUCCAGAAGAGGGAGAAGAUGGUAGAGAGAAUGGAGAUCCGUUUGGCCAUGGUAGUCUGAAGGACGGGGCCAACUACAACAAGAGCGAGCGGCGAAUCCGGUUCUUCAUCCGUAAGAUGGUGAAGACCCAGGCCUUCUACUGGACCGUCCUGUGUCUGGUGGGCCUCAACACAAUGUGUGUGGCCGUGGUUCAUUACGACCAGCCAGAGCUGCUUUCAGACUUCCUCUUCUAUGCAGAGUUUAUAUUCCUGGGUCUGUUCAUGUCAGAGAUGUGUAUUAAGAUGUACGGCCUGGGGACUAGGCCCUACUUCCACUCUUCCUUCAACUGCUUUGACUGUGUUGUGAUCGUGGGCAGUAUAUUUGAGGUGAUAUAUGCGGCAAUUAAACCGGGGACAUCAUUUGGUAUCAGUGUGUUAAGAGCACUCCGACUGCUCAGGAUCUUCAAAGUCACCAAGUACUGGGCCCCUCUACGUAACUUGGUGGUAUCGUUACUCAACUCUAUGAAGUCCAUCAUCAGUUUGCUCUUCCUCCUCUUCCUCUUCAUCGUCGUCUUCGCCCUUUUGGGCAUGCAGCUCUUCGGUGGACAGUUCAACUUUGAUGGUGGCACGCCGCCCACCAACUUUGACACCUUUCCGGCAGCUAUAAUGACAGUAUUUCAGAUUUUGACGGGUGAAGACUGGAAUAUGGUGAUGUAUGACGGGAUAAAGUCUCAGGGAGGAGUGGACAAAGGAAUGGUUUCCUCCAUCUUCUUCAUAGUGCUCACACUCUUCGGCAACUACACACUGCUGAAUGUGUUCUUGGCUAUCGCUGUGGACAAUCUGGCCAACGCUCAGGAGUUGACCAAGGAUGAGGAGGAGCAGGAAGAGGCAGCCAAUGCCAAGACAACCCUGCAGAAAGCUAAGGAAGUGGCUGAAGUUAGUCCUCUGUCAGCCGCCAACCUCUCCAUCGCUGCAGUGACAGUUACAAAAACUGAGCGUAUCGAUGCCACAGAGAAUGUUCUUGACUGUAAGGAGCAGCAGAAGAACAACAAGGCGGGAGGUAAAUCUGUGUGGGAGCAGCGAACCAGCGAGAUCAGGCGUCAGAACCUGAUGACCAGCCGAGAGGCCCUGUACAACGAGAUGGACACGGAGGACUGGAAGGUUAGGGGAGAGGGGGAGGGAGAGGUGUCGUACCCCCACCGCGCGGGGGACAUGAAGACCCACCUAGACCGCCCCCUGGUGGUCAACCCCCAGGACAACCGCAACAACAACACUAACAAGACGCGGCCCGGAGAGCCCCCACUGGAGCGACAGGACCUGGGCCACCACCGGGCCGAAGAAUACGUCAGGCGCCAGGCCCGGUACCACCAGAGAACCAUGGGUGGAGGGACCGCAGCCACCGGCCCAGAGAGAGAGGCCCACCUGGGGCAUGGGGGGAGCAGGCUGUCCCUGCAGACGCUGGAGGGCAUUGAGGAGAGGAGGGAACAUGGACAGGGGAGGAGGUGUAGGCAUAAAGAGGGGAGGGAGGGGAGGAGCGCGUCGCCACAGAAGAGCGACGGGGUGGACGAUAAGAGGAGGCACAGGAGGGCCAGGAAGGAGGGGGACGAGGGAGGGAGGAGGCAUAGGGGUAAGGGGAAGGAGGGGGACGUGGUGGGGGAUGGGGGGGAGGGGGACGGGGGGGAGUUAGAGGGGGAGGGAAGAAGGCCGAGACGCCAUCGGCAUGGAGAAAGAAGCCGCCAGCAUCGAGUCAGGAAAGAUCACCACAGCAAUGGACCGAACAACUCCACGGUUCGGCCCGUCCUCAGACAGGACGGUCAGUACAGCGAAGACCUAGACAACCUUCGCAACAACAGCAAGCUGCGCCCCGACCACCCGGACCACCCGGGCCACCCGGACCACCCGGGCCACCCGGGCCACCCGGACCACCCGGACCACCCGGACCACCCGGACCAUGUCAACAACCUGCUGAACCGCAGCGUCACCGCGGACACGCACCUCCACAGCAUGGACAGUUUGAUUCUGACCAGUAUGGCCAAGCCGGCACACACUGUCGUGGAUAUGCCACCCAUGUAUCCCUAUCCCUCCACCAACGCCAUCCUGCAAGUGAACAAGAACGCCAACACAGACCAGAAAAAGGAUGACGAGAAGAAGGAGGAAGAGGAGGAUGAAGGGGGCGAUAAAGAUGGACCCAAACCAAUGCCCCCGUUCAGCUCCUGUUUCAUUCUGUCCACCACCAACCCGUUCCGUAAGUGCUGCCACUACAUCCUGACGAUGAAAUACUUUGAGUUCACCAUCCUGUCCGUCAUCGCUAUGAGCAGCAUCGCCCUCGCCGCAGAAGACCCGGUCUGUCCCGACUCACCACGCAACCAAAUCCUGAAGUACUUCGACUAUGUCUUCACCGGUGUCUUCACUUUUGAGAUGUUGAUCAAGAUGGUGGUGCUGGGACUGUUCUUACACCAGGGUUCAUACUUCAGGGAUCUGUGGAACAUCCUGGACUUUAUAGUGGUUAGUGGUGCUCUGGUGGCCUUCGCCUUCACGAGCUUCACAAAGGGGAGUAGCAAGGGGAAAGACAUUAGCACCAUCAAGUCUCUGAGGGUGCUGAGGGUGCUGAGGCCUCUGAAGACCAUCAAACGACUCCCCAAGCUGAAGGCUGUGUUUGACUGCGUGGUCAACUCCCUGAAGAACGUCUUGAACAUCCUCAUCGUCUACAUGCUCUUCAUGUUCAUCUUUGCCGUGGUGGCCGUGCAGCUGUUCAAGGGGAGGUUCUUCUACUGCACCGACGAGUCCAAGGAGUUUGAGCGCGACUGCAGGGGCGAGUAUUUGGUGUAUGAACGGCAACAAGUAACAGCGAAGACGCGGGAGUGGAAGAAGUACGAUUUUCACUACGACAACGUGCCUUGGGCCCUGCUCACCCUCUUCACAGUGUCCACUGGAGAGGGCUGGCCGCAGGUGUUAAAGCAUUCGGUAGAUGCGACCUAUGAGAAUCAGGGUCCGAGUCCGGGGUACCGGAUGGAGAUGUCCAUCUUUUACGUGGUGUACUUCGUUGUCUUCCCCUUCUUCUUCGUCAACAUCUUUGUUGCUCUCAUCAUCAUCACCUUCCAAGAGCAGGGAGACAAGAUGAUGGAGGAUUACAGUCUGGAAAAGAAUGAGAGAGGCUGUAUAGACUUUGCCAUAAAUGCCAAGCCCCUGACCCGCCAUAUGCCUAAGAACAAGCAGAGCUUCCAGUUCCGCAUGUGGCAGUUUGUGGUGUCCCCACCUUUCGAGUACAGCAUCAUGGGUCUGAUCGCGCUCAAUACUAUAGUGCUGAUGAUGAAGUAUUAUGGGGCUUCAGAUAUCUACGAUAAAGUCCUAAAGAACAUCAACAUUGUCUUCACCACCCUGUUCUUCAUGGAGUGUAUUCUCAAGAUAAUCGCCUUUGGGGUUCUGAAUUAUUUUAAAGACGCUUGGAACAUCUUUGAUUUUGUGUCUGUGCUUGGAAGCGUCACUGAUAUCCUAGUGACAGAAUUCUGGGAGGAUAACUUCAUCAACCUGAGUUUCCUUCGGCUGUUUCGAGCGGCUCGUCUUAUCAAGCUGCUGAGACAAGGAGAGACUAUUCGUAUCCUGCUCUGGACAUUUGUCCAGUCAUUUAAGGCGCUGCCCUACGUGUGUCUCCUCAUCGGCAUGCUGUUCUUCAUCUAUGCCAUCAUUGGGAUGCAGUUGUUUGGUAAUCUGGAACUGGAUGACGAUGAAGCCAUCAACGAACACAACAACUUUAGGACCUUCAUUAUGGCGCUCAUGUUACUGUUCAGGAGUGCGACAGGCGAGGCUUGGCAUGAAAUCAUGCUGGCCUGCCUUGGGGGUAAGCCUUGUGACCCAGACUCAGGAAACAAAGAGGCGGAGUGUGGCAGCACUUUCGCCUACACGUACUUCGUCUCCUUCAUCUUCCUCUGCUCUUUCCUGAUGCUCAACCUGUUUGUGGCUGUCAUCAUGGACAACUUUGAGUACCUGACCAGAGACUCCUCCAUCCUGGGUCCCCACCACCUGGACGAAUAUGUCAGGAUCUGGGCUGAGUACGACCCUUCUGCCUGUGGGCGCAUACAUUAUAAGGAUAUGUACAGUUUGUUGAGAGUAAUCUCACCUCCUCUGGGCCUGGGCAAGAAAUGCCCUCAUAGGGUGGCCUGCAAGAGGCUGCUCCGCAUGGACUUGCCGGUUGCUGAGGACAACUCAGUGCAUUUCAACUCCACCCUCAUGGCUUUGAUCCGGACGGCGCUCGACAUCAAGAUCGCCAAGGGAGGAGCAGACAAGCAUCAGAUGGAUGCUGAGCUGAGGAAGGAGAUGAUGGCCAUUUGGCCCAACCUCUCCCAGAAGAACCUGGACCUCCUGGUGACGCCGCACAAGUCAGCCACAGACCUGACCGUGGGGAAGAUCUACGCUGCCAUGAUGAUCAUGGAGUACUACCGUCAGAGCAAGGCCAAAAAGCUGCAGGCCCUACGCGAGGAGCAGAACCGAACACCGUUAAUGUUUCAGCGCAUGGAGCCGCCCUCCCCUGGGGGAGGUGGGGGAGGCCCGGACGGUAUGGAUGGUGCCCCAGGGGUCAACGGCCUCCCCAGCAGCCUGCACCAGCCCAACAGCAUACCUCCGCAGAGUGGCAUGACAGACAGCCAGUCGUGGGUGACGGCUAAAGCCCAGGAGAUGUUUAACAAGACGGGAAACUGGAGCCCCGAGAGAGCCUACCCCCACGACCUCCACGACAACAGACACAAUCCGCCCCAGACGGUAGAGAUGAGAGAGAUGGGGCAGGACGGGUACUCGGACACUGAGCCCUGUCACCCAAUGGGAAUGGAUGGGCAUGGCCGGACCAUCUCCAUGCCCCGCCUCACAGACGACAACCAACGGAGACGACACAGACCCCGUGGGCAUAAUAACCACCUCAGUACCAUAACGGACACCAGCCCCAUGCGCCGCUCCACCUCCUCCCUAGUCCACGGGCGCUCCGGCAGGGAGAGAGGGGUGAGGCUGGACGACUACAGCCUGGAGAGGGUGGAGGGGGAGGGGAGGCACGGUGGGGGUGGAGGGGGACAACAUAGGGACAGGAGGGACAGGAGAGACAGGAGCCAUCGCACCUCCCAGAGGUCUCUGACCAGAUACACGGACGCAGACACAGGGUUGGGUACAGACCUGAGCACCACCACCCAGUCAGGUGAACUCCCCCCAAAGGAGCGCGAGCGGGAACGUGGUCGAGCCAAAGACCGCCGGCACCACCACCACCACCACCACCACAGUGGAUCCGUGGAUAAGGAGGGCCGCUACGGGCCCGACCGACACGACUACACCCACAGGCACACCCAUGACCGGGGGGACAGACAGUGGUCCCGUUCCCCCAGCGAAGGCCCCGAUGGACGGGGCCACAGACAGGGCAGUAGCUCGGUGAGCGGCAGCCCGGUCCCCUCCACGUCCGGAACGUCCACCCCCCGCCGCGGCCGUCGGCAACUGCCUCAGACACCCGCCGUGCCGCGCCCCCACGUCACCUACUCCCCCGCCAUCAGACACCCCAAGCCCAACUUUGGAGUGGGUCCCCCGGGACGUCUCCGCUCCCCCUCCCCCCGGCACUUCUCCCCCCCAGAGCAUGACGGAGGGGUGUACCACCGGCCGCCGUCGCGGCAUGUUUCCCCGCUUGAGCAUGGAGGGUCACGACACGGGUCCCCAAGGUCGACCCGGCAACAGUCGGGGUCGCGGUCCCCUCCGGCGCAUCACGGGUCGCCCCGGUCCCCCCGCCAUGGACGCUGGAGCGGCCCUCCGCCCGGGGACAGUCUGGAAAGCGAGGGCGGCCCGUUCUAUGAGCGCGACUAUGAGUACGAGCGGCAGCAUGAGCCGCCCGCCUACGAACAGAGCCUAGGCAACCCCCAUCCCCACGGCAACCCCCACCCGCACGGCAACCUGCACGGCAACCCGCACCCACGCUCCCCCAGGACUGCCCGGCACGGGGGUGGCGUGGGCCCCCCUCCGCCUCUUGCCCCCCCCCAUCCGCACCCCCGACGAGUCCCAAACGGCUACCGCUCAUCCUCGCCCUCCCCGCACCGACGGGGGCCCCCACAUCAACAGCCACAUCAGGGUGGACCCCCCCACCGUUCCCCCCCUCCACACCGGGGCCCCCACGGCGGUCCCAGAGGCCCCCGGAAGGGCCCGCACGAACCCUACAGCGAGACGGACGAGGAUGACUGGUGCUAGCACAGCGAAAGGAGCAGAGGGCUGAGGGAGGAGAGGAGAACUCUCUGUCCCGCCCCCCCCCCCCCCCUCGUCCUCUGUUCUUCGUUAUGCAGACUUGAUUGAAGGAGAACAGGAUUCAGAAGGGGUGAGGAAAGAAAAGGAGGACAAGAACAUUGGGUGAAGUCUCUCCAUAACUCGGCACCUUUGUCUCGGCCCUAGACUUGGACGGAGGGACAGAAGGAUGGAGCCGUUAGGGAAUGAGGGAUUGGGUUGGAGGAGUUGAGGCUUUGCAGGUGCGUGUGGGACUCUGAACUCGGAGCAGGAAAAACACACAGACGGACAGAGAGACAACUAGAGGGCUGAACUACUCCUUUCUCUCAGCCAUGGUUCCCAGCAUGCCCAGCUGAGGGAUGGCGGAGAGGUGCUGAUGGAAAUGAGUAGAAGGAAGAACAAAAUAAUAUAUGAAAGGGAGGAGCAUGUAUAUUGUUAGUGGCCAGUGGAUUCUAAAUAAAGGCACCUCUGAUUAGUAUGUUGGGGGGGUUAGUUAAGUUAAGCUAUACCUGAGUGUUGUCACUGUUCUGUCUUUUACUCUACAAGCCUGAUAAGUGUUAGAAGCUAAUAGCUAAACGCUAGCUAACAAAUUCAGCCCUCAGUCUAAACUAAAUGGACUCGUUAUAAAAAAAAAAAAUGAAAACCCAAGCCAGGACCCCCUAUCCUUACACACGCCAAGCUAUGCCUCCGGAAAAAUUUAACUUGAACACUGAAGAACAGAAAACAAAAAUUAACUUUGAAAUGGAAAAAAAACAACCACUUUAACUUUAAAAUGUUCCUUUCCUUAAAGGGACUGGACUUAAACCAGGAAGCUCCGCCUCUACUGCAAAAACCAGCCAAUGACAGCGCUGGCUGAUAUUUGAUGAGUUUUAUCAUCUCCUGUUUACUGUUACAGACUCACGAAAUGCUGACGACGGACCUGGUGUGACCUCACUUUCUGAGGGUGUAGCCUAGUGUGACUUCACUUCCUGUGGGUGGGGCCCAGUGUAACCCGACAUCCUGUUUCAGUGGGUGGGGCCACAGGGGAGAGGCUGGGGGCGGAGUUAUGGACCCUUGUUUUCGCCUCUGUCUUCUCUUCCCCCCCUUCUCCUCUCCUCCAUCCUGCCAAAAAUAAAGGACAGUAAAGGACAAUGAUGGAGGGAGGAGAGGAAAGAAAGAAAGAAGGGAAGGGAGGGGAAACACGGUUUCUUUACUUUCUUCUAUCGAUUACUUCUUCUUGUUCUUCUUCUUGGACAUUGGAGCUUGGUUCUUCUGUUGCAUUCGCUCAAGCCUCUGUUAAUCCAGUAUGGAAUCAAACUUAUGUCAGAACAAUGAUGGAAAAACCUGCAUGAAUGAAUUAAAAAAAAAAAAAUAACUAGAGAGAAAAUCUAAUGUUGGGAAAAUGGGGGACAUUAUUGGGUUUAUAGAGAUUCUUAACAUUUUAGGUUUAAUUGAAGAAGUUCUCUUUCUCUCUCACACAGUCUCCAUGACUAUCAUUAUACUUUAUUUGUGGAGCUGUAGAAGACAUUUUAGUUCUAGUUAACCCUAAGGACUUCUGUUACUUUUAAUUUCCACCCAAUAGGGUUUUAAAGCUACCAUUUUCUAAUCUUAAAGUUAGUAAGAUGCUCCUAAAUUGUACUAAGUUGUUUUUGAGGUAUGAAGGAGAAUUUAGAGAGCUAUGAGGAGAGAGAACUUCACAUUCAUUCAAAAAAAAUGUUUUAUUGUUAAUGAUACUGAUAGUCUUAUAAAUACUAAUCAAUGUCAAUGCAAAACGACGAUGAUGAGGAUAAUGAUUAUGAUGAAAUGAUGACAAAUAUGAUGAUAGAGUUGUCUGCCGUAGAUAUGUUGCCAUGUUUUUUGGAGUUUCAAUCUGAUGUGUGCUUUUUGUUUCCAGUCUUCUUUCUUUUCCAUGAGUUCAGUUCAAAAUGGUUCAAAACUGUUUGGAAAAAAAAAAAAAGGCUUUUAUCCGGGUCUGAUACAUGCAACAAGCAUAAACGCUUCAGGGAGGGGUUGGAUGUUGGGUUCUGAUUGUGAGCAACACCGAUAGAACCAUGUAGCGUUCUGGAACGCCGCCCUCUACCUCUGAUAGUUUACCUAUGUGGUAGACACAGGUGUGAUGGGUAACCAGGGCCACGUUCAGUAGCCAAAAUUGCACAUAGAAACGUUCUGAAGAGCGAACCUGGUUCCUCUUACUGCAUGGGUGCGAGUUUGUUCUACAUACAUGUUCCAAAACGUCCUGUCUAGCUGAGUGGGCCCCAGAAAUAGCGGAACUAAGCGACCAACCAACAGUCAGAACGUUUUAUAACAAGGCUGGGACGGGCUUUUUCUGCCUAAACUCUCCACACAGUGUCCCAUGCCAUAAAGAGAGAAAGAGGGCUCUAGAUGGAUAGAACCUGCUGUCCCCGCUGUCACAGAUGCCAUAACUUCACAGACACUAAGAUGAGUCCUUUUUCCUAAUCUCUGUGAAACCAGCUGUGAAAAGGCUCCACAUCACAUUCCCUCACACGAGCUACUUCGUCUCACUGUCAUUCUGAUUUUAUUUUCCAUCUUCUUGUUGAGCUGCUAGCGUCGCCGCACUAGAGGAGGACAUUCUCCAACCAUUCUAGGAUAUUCUAGAUCCUUCUUCAGACGGGACCCCCAACAUGAUUGUUUCGAUGUUUGGAUGAAUGUCUAUUUUGUUAUGAUUACAGUUAUUUGUAGAUUGCCAUAUAUUCUCCCUCUCAAAAUGCUAGGACAAUAGAUACCAUAUAGAUAUGAAGAUAUGUAGAGGUUUAUAUAUUAAAGAGAGAAAAACAGACUAUUAAUUUCAAACACUGUAGGUCAAAUAGCGAACGCUCCGAAAUAUCCAUUGAGAUCAGCCGCGCCGAUUCAAAUUGCACCGUGUCG